GGUUAGGCUGUUGUUGCAGGCUUCCAGUGCUAAACUUCACCAAAUAAUAGCUGUUUGUAUUUUGGCUGCUGCAGUAGCCAUUUUAGAUGCAACAAUUAGCAAGGACUAGAAAAACAUGAAAAUACAAAAGAAAGAAAAGCAGAUGUCCACCGCCCAGUUACUAAAGCACACUCAAGCUACAGCCGCGGCUUCUACUGCCACCGACCAAAACGCACAAACUACAUUUCCCAGAGGCGCGUCCGUCUCGGAGGAGCACGGCAGGGCUCCCGGCGGGCUGGCGAACCACUGCACGGCCCACGGCAGGCCCGCGGGGUUGGGGGACGCGGGCCCCCCCGGCCGCCUGGCCCCCUCCCACCCCUCCCUGCCGCCGAGCGGCGAGGAGGAGGAUGACGGCGGGGGCGGCGGCGGGGGGGCCCGCGUGAAGAAGAAACGCAAGAAAAAAGACAAGAAGGAGCCGGCCCACUGGCAGAGAGCGGAGAAGGAGAGCAAACCAAAGAAGAAGGAGCCCAGAGAGGGGAAGGAGCCCCUUCCCCGGAGGUCCAAGGAGCCCAAGAAGGCCCGGAAGACGCGGGACCCCAAGCCCAAGGCCCCGCGCGAAUGCAAGGCCGCGCCUCCCCCUCCCAAACAGCGGGGGCGCAAGGCGAGAGAGCAGGGUCCCGUGGCGCCGGAGAAAAAGAAGAAGGGGAAGAGAAAAUGCGAGGCGCUGCAGGAGGCGGGCGACAGCGACGAGUCUGCGUGUCUGUCGGGCCUGGCGGCGGCGAACGAGGAGAGCAUGGACGCUCUGGACAGCACGAAGCGGCGUUCUGGCAGGCAGGUGAAGAGAAGGAAGUAUAACGAGGAUCUGGACUUUAAGGUGGUGGAUGACGACGGGGAGACCAUCGCUGUGCUGGGCACUGGGAGGAUCCCAGCUCUCAACUCCGCUACUCUGGCCUGGCAGUCUGAGGAGCCCCCAGAAGACGAGGCCAACAUCAUUGAGAAAAUCCUGUCUGUUCGAACUGCUAAGAAAGAGACGUCUCCUGGAGAAGUGGAGGAGUCGGAAGAGUUCUACGUCAAAUACAGAAACUUCUCCUACCUGCACUGUAAAUGGGCCACACUGGAGGACCUGGAGAAGGAUCCACGCAUCCACCAAAAAAUCAAACGCUUCAGGAACAAGCAGGCGCAGCUGAAGCACAUUUUUACAGAGCCAGACGAGGAUCUCUUCAACCCAGAUUAUGUGGAGGUGGACCGUGUGCUGGAGGUGGCCCACACUACGGACACUGAAACGGGAGAGGAGGUGACUCACUACCUGGUGAAGUGGUGCUCGCUAUCGUAUGAGGAAAGCACCUGGGAACUCCAGGAAGACGUGGAUCCGGGGAAAAUCCGCGAGUUUGAGGACAUAAAGAAAAUUCCGGAUCUCAAGCACGUGGAGAGGCCCCUCCCAGAGCAGUGGAAGAAGCUGGAUUACUCUCGGGAUUACCGGAACGGGAACCAGCUGAGGGAGUACCAGCUGGAGGGCAUGAACUGGCUGCUCUUCAACUGGUACAACAGGAAGAACUGCAUACUGGCGGACGAGAUGGGUUUGGGGAAGACCAUCCAGUCCAUCACCUUCCUGUACGAGAUGUUCUGCAUGGGGCUGAGGGGCCCCUUCCUCAUCAUCGCCCCGCUGUCCACCAUUACCAACUGGGAGCGCGAGUUCCGCACCUGGACGGACAUCAACGUCAUCGUGUACCACGGCAGCCAGAUCAGCCGGCAGAUGAUCCUGCAGUACGAGAUGUACCACCGCGACGAGCAGGGUAACCCCGUGCACGGCCUGUUCAAGUUCCACGGGGUCAUCACCACCUUCGAGAUGAUCAUGGCCGACUGCCCGGAGCUGAAGAAGAUCCAGUGGCGGUGCGUGGUGAUCGACGAGGCACACCGGCUCAAGAACCGCAACUGUAAACUUCUGGAGGGCCUGAAGCUGAUGAGCCUGGAGCACAAGGUGCUGUUGACGGGCACUCCACUGCAGAACUCUGUGGAGGAGCUGUUCAGCUUGCUCAACUUCCUGGAGCCGCUCCAGUUCCCCUCUGAGAUCAGCUUCCUGGAAGAGUUUGGAGACCUAAAAACAGAAGAGCAGGUGAAGAAGCUCCAAGCCAUCCUGAAGCCCAUGAUGCUUCGGAGGCUAAAGGACGACGUGGAGAAGAACCUGGCGCCCAAAGAGGAGACCAUCAUCGAGGUGGAGCUCACCAACAUGCAGAAGAAGUACUACCGUGCCAUCCUGGAGAAGAACUUCUCCUUCCUGGCCAAGGGCGCCAACCAGCACAACAUGCCCAACCUCAUCAACACCAUGAUGGAGCUGCGCAAGUGCUGCAACCACCCCUACCUGAUCACAGGCGCGGAGGAGAAGAUCCUGGAAAGCUUCCGGAAAACGCACAGCCCCGACUCCUGGGACUUCCAGCUGCAGGCCAUGAUCCAGGCGGCCGGGAAGCUGGUCCUCAUCGACAAGCUGCUGCCCAAGCUGAUCGCCGGAGGCCACAAGGUGCUCAUCUUCUCCCAGAUGGUCCGCUGCCUGGACAUCCUGGAGGACUACCUCAUCCAGCGCAGGUACACGUACGAGCGCAUCGAUGGGCGGGUGCGAGGGAACCUCCGGCAGGCGGCCAUCGACCGCUUCUGCAAGGUGGACUCGGACCGCUUCGUGUUCCUGCUCUGCACGCGGGCCGGCGGUCUGGGGAUCAACCUGACCGCCGCAGACACCUGCAUCAUCUUCGACUCGGACUGGAACCCCCAAAACGACCUGCAGGCUCAGGCUCGCUGCCACCGGAUUGGACAGAGCAAGGCGGUGAAGGUGUACCGGCUCAUCACGAGGAACUCGUACGAGAGGGAGAUGUUCGACAAGGCCAGCCUGAAGCUGGGCCUGGACAAGGCCGUGCUGCAGGACAUUAACCGCAAAGGCAGCCUGAAUGGGGUGCAGCAGCUGUCCAAGAUGGAGGUGGAGGACCUGCUGCGCAAGGGCGCGUACGGGGCUCUGAUGGACGAGGAGGACGAGGGCUCCAAGUUCUGCGAGGAAGACAUCGACCAGAUCCUGCAGCGCCGCACACAGACCAUCACCAUCCAGACCGAGGGGAAGGGCUCCACCUUCGCCAAGGCCAGCUUUGUGUCGUCUGGCAACCGGACGGACAUCUCUCUGGACGACCCCAACUUCUGGCAGAAAUGGGCCAAAAUCGCCGAGCUGGAGAUCGACUCCAAGGCUGAGAAGGAGAGCCUGGUGAUUGAUACCCCGCGCGUACGGAAGCAGACGCGGCACUAUAACUCGUUCGAGGACGACGAGCUGAUGGAGUUCUCUGAGCUGGACAGCGACUCUGAGGAGCGGCCCUGCCGCACCCGCCGCCUGAGCGAGCGCAACCGCCGCUACCUGCGCGCAGAGUGCUUCCGCGUGGAGAAGAACCUGCUCAUAUUCGGGUGGGGGCGCUGGAAGGACAUCCUGACGCACGGGCGCUUUAAGUGGCACCUGGCGGAGCGGGACAUGGAGCUGCUGUGCCGGGCGCUGCUGGUGUACUGCCUGCGCCACUACAAGGGCGACGACAAGAUCAAGAGCUUCAUCUGGGACCUGAUCACGCCCACCAAGGACGGCCACAACCAGGCCCUGCACAACCACUCCGGCUUGUCCGCCCCGGUGCCGCGUGGGCGGAAGGGGAAGAAGCUGAAGAACCAGCUGUGCCUGCCCGAGCUGAAGAACGCAGACUGGCUGGUGAACUGCAACCCCGAGGUGGUGCUGCAGGACGACAGCUACAAGAAGCACCUCAAACAGCACUGCAACAAGGUCCUGCUCAGGGUGCGGAUGCUUUACUACCUGAAAGUGGAGGUGCUGGGGGAGACUGCAGACCAGGCCCUGGAGGAAAUCCCUGCCAACAAAUUGGAGGUUACCCUGCCCGAUAUCGAUUAUGUGGAGAUCCCGGUAAUCUGGUGGGAUGCGGAUGCGGACAGGUCUCUCCUCAUCGGCGUCCAUAAACACGGUUACGAGCGAUACAACGCCAUGAGGGCCGACCCUCAGCUCUGCUUCCUGGAGCGGGUGGGCAUGCCUGACGUCACUGCGCUGUCGGCGGAACAAGGCUGCGGAGAUGUGGCUGCUGACAUCAUCACUGACAGCGCAUGCAAGAGCGAGGAGGUGAAAGACGAGCCCGAGAUCAAGCCCGAUGCCGGGGGGGAGAGAGAGCUGGCGGAGGAAGAGACUGCAUCCAGUAAUGAAGCGCCAGAAAAAAUUGAAAGUGCAGUUCCGGCCUCUCUCGCCCUCUCAGCUGUGAUUGGUCAGGAGAGCGUGGAGCAGGGGAAGGCCAUGUGGCCGGCAGGCUCCGCCCUCACUGCGCGGCUCCGGCGCCUCAUCACGGCGUACCAGCGCUUCACGCGCCGGGAGCCCAUGCGCCACGACUUCCUGAUCCCCGAGGGGGCGGGGCCGGUGGCGUGGCAGCUGGGCGAGGAGCUGAGGCGCCGUACGAUCGAACCCGACCCCCUCUUUCUGGAGUGGCAGCGGAGGUGGACGCGGCGGGAGCAGGCCGAUUUCUACCGGACCGUGUCGUCGUUCGGCGUGGUCUUCGACCCGGAGAAGAAGGGCUUUGACUGGGCCCAGUUCCGCUCGUUCGCGCGGCUGGAGAGGAAGACGGACGAUAGCCUGGAGAGAUACUUCUACAGCUUCGUCUCCAUGUGCCGCACGGCCUGCAGGCUCCCGCCACGUAAGGAUGAAGGGCCGCUGGACCACAGCCUGUUUGUGGAGCCCAUCACAGAGGAGCGGGCGGCCCGCACCCUGUACCGCAUCGAGCUCCUGCGCAAGGUCCGGGAGCAGGUCCUCCGGCACCCCCUGCUGGCGGGGCGGCUGCAGCUGUGCCGGCCCAGCCUGUACCUGCCGGUGUGGUGGGAGUGCGGCAAGCACGACCGCGACCUGCUCAUCGGCGCGGCGCGCCACGGCCUCAGCCGCACCGACUACUACAUCCUCAACGACCCCCAGCUGUCCUUCCUGGAGGCGCACCGCAACUACGUGCAGAAGGAGAACCGCGGAGGCGGGGGAUACCACCCCACCAGCGGCCUGCCGCAUCACCACUGCUGCCUGUACGAGGCGGGGCUGAGCCACUGCCACUCCCCCCAGCCCUCCGAGUUCCACCCGGUCGCCUCCGCCCCCCACCAUCACGCCCACAUCCACGCCCACGCUCACGCCCACGCCCACCCCGCCCAGGAGGCGGUGGUCCCCGACGCGGGCGGGUCCCUGGGGUUGGGCCCUGGGGCCAGGGAGGGCUUCCUGGACUGCGGGUCCCUGGACGAGUCGCUGGAGCUGGCCUCCCUCCAGCACGGGAAGCCCAGCAAGGAGGCGCUGAAUGGAUUCCCCUUCAACUCGGCGUCAGGCGCGCAGAGCAUGCUGAACUCGUACGGCGUGCAGGGCGAGCUGGGCGGGGACUCGAAGCUGCGCGGCGACGUGCUGGUGGGCGAGCAGUACCCCUGCGAGGAUACGGGCCUCAUGACUCCCUCGGCGGAGCUGGACGAGCUGCACGCCCCCUGGGAGGGCAGCGACCACGUCUUCAACGAGCCUGAUGCCAUCCUGGGCCCGCCCAGCCUGGAGGCGGAGUUCCUGGACUCGGGGCAGCCGGGAGACGGCCUAAGCAUGGCCAGUUCGGACGCGCAGGGUGCCUCUGUGGAGCCGAGCUUCAUGCUGUUCAAGGACAUCGCUGUGGCAGAACCGGCCGUGGAGCAGGCCGACCUGUCCGUCAGCCCGCCCGAGUUCGUGCCCCCGCCCCUCUCCCUGUCCGACAUCGGCCUCCACCCCCAGGGCGGAGCCGAGGAGCGCGAGGACAAGUUGAGCGACUCGGACAUCACGCACAGUGUGCCUAGCCCGGGGGACGGCGCGGACAGUGUGACCUUCGAAUUUGACAAGGAGGAGCUGUCUCGCGACAGCCAGAGCCUCAUAGAGCCUUCGCAGGCGCCGGAGGACUCCGAGAGGCCCUGUGAGGAGUCACGUGAUGAGUCAUGUGACCGACCCUCUGAUGAGUCAUGUGACCAACCCUGCGAUGAGUCGCGUGACCCGCCGUGUGUUGAGUCACAUAACCGACCCUGUGUUCAAUCACAUGACCGACCCUGUGUUCAAUCACAUGACCGACCCUGUGUUCAAUCACAUGACCGACCCUGUAUUGAGUCACAUGACCGACCCUGUGUUGAGCCAUGUGUCGGUCCUUGUGUUGAGCCAUGUGUCGGUCCUUGUGUUGAGCCAUGUGUCGGUCCUUGUGUUGAGCCAUGUGUCGGUCCUUGCGUUGAGCCAUGUGUCGGUCCUUGCGUUGAGCCAUGUGACCGUCCCUGCGUUGAGCCAUGUGACCGUCCCUGCGUUGAGCCAUGUGACCAACCUUGUGACGAGUCAUGUCACAGGCCCUGUGAUGAGUCAUGUAACCGGCCUUGUGACGAGUCAUGUGAACGACCCUGCAAUGACUCUUUUGAAGCGCCCUCAGUGUCUAGGGGUGAGAUGACUCUUAGUGGACAUGUUUUCCCCACAGUUGAUCCCCCGAUUCCCUCUCACCUAGUGCUGCCUGUGCACCCCAUCACCCCAGCAGACCCCCCAGCAUCCCCUGGGCCUGAGCAGGAGUCUAAAUUUAAGCAGGAGUUUGCUUUAGAACCCCUGAGCUCGGACAGCAAGCCUGAUCUCCCGGAGCCCGACAGCACCGUGCCGGCACAGACUCUGGAGCAGACCGGGAUCCUGGAGGUGAAGGAGGAAGUGAAGGAGGAAAGACCCAAAACCCCAGCCCUGCUGGUGGAGAGCUAUGGGGAGGAGCCUCGAUAUGCUCAGCCUCUGUCUGUGUGUGACAUGCCGGACAGCCUUUCAGAGGUCCGGGAGCCCACCAUCGCUCAACUUCUGCAGGAGAAAGCCCUGUACUCCUUCUCUGAAUGGCCUAAGGAUCGAGUGAUAAUAAAUCGCAUUGACAGUAUCUGUCAUGCCAUCUUGAAGGGAAAAUGGCCUUCUACCAAUCAGCAGUACGAGUCGCCCAGUUCCCUCACAAACACCUGCGUGUCAAACAGCGCCCCCCAGAGGACUGGCUUUGUCUCUGCCAGGGUGCAGCCAACGCAGAGCCUUAACUUCGGCAUCUCGGCUCCAGCCCCUCACCUGUCCAAGGUGACUGCAGCCCGCUGUGUGGAGAGAACGCUGGGCUGUGACCACAAGGCCCAGAUUCAUGUCCAUGUGCAAGUUCUGGAUGAGACCUUGGUGAGUGUGCCUUUCCUGCCGGAGCUGAAAAGGGGCCGGCGUGGGUUUGAAUACGAAACGGAGGGUCCAGGGAAGCCGUGCCACGUGGGGGAGAAGAUUCCGGCAGGCGUGCCUCACAGGGGUGGGCAGCUGCUGCUGAACGGCUGGCAGGAGGCGGCCAUGGACCUAUCGAAGGCCGGGGAGAUGGGGAUAGGGCUGGAGCCCGGGGCCGUGGGUCACAUGACCCACCCCGGCCACCCGGCUCAACACAAAAUGCCCUCCAUGAGCUCCAUGCAGGGCUCCCUGGGGCUGGACAUGGCCGGAAUCCUGCAGGCUGGCCUCAUCCACCCCGUCACCGGGCAGAUCGUCAACGGCAACCUUCGCCGCGACGACGCAGUCAUGCGGCGCAGGAGGGGGCGACGGAGAAACGUCGAAGGGCCCGACAUCGGUUUCGCCAAGAGCACAGGCCUACACGGCCCUGAGCAGCAGAGCAGGCCAGAGAGCGUCGUGAGCCAGUCAGCGGUGUCGUCGUCCUCCUCGUCCUCUGCGGCACCGGAGCAGUCUGAAGGCCCGGUCCCGGGCCCGGCACUGGACAGGGAGGCGACCAGCAAGGGCCUGAUGGAGUGGCUCAGCCAGAACCCCAGAUACAGCAUGGAAGUGCCGGCCUUCACCCCCUCUCAGAACAUGGGGAUCCUGCACGGCUUCGUCGAGAGGCCCAAACAGAGGCGGCAUCGCUGCAAAGACCCCACCAAGCUGGACGUCAACUCCCUCACCGGGGAGGAGAGAGUCCCGGUGGUCCACAGAGCCACGGGCCGCAGGCUUGGGGGUGCUAUGGCACCAGCCAUGAAGGAGCUGUCGCGCUGGCUGGAUGCUAACACAGAUUACUGCGUGGCCCCUGACUGGUCACACGUCGUGAAGCAUUCUGGGUUCCUGCCGGAGGGGAAGUUCACUCGCAUCCUGACGGAGCCGGUAUGCCGCGACUCGGGGCCCCGGCGGAGGGGCCGGCGGCCCCGCAGCGAGAUGCCGAAGGGCGGGGCGCUGCUGUCAGAUGCCCCCCCGGGCAUGGGCCCUCUCUUCAUGAACGGCCUGAUGGGCAGCAUGGACCUGGUGAGCCUGCAGAGCCUGCGGAACGUUCCGGGCAUCCCGCUCACGGGGCUGAUGGGCUUCCCCCACGGCUUCGCCGCCGUCCCCGCCACGGCCGGCGAGGACUCCAAGAGCGGCCUGAGCAUGCUUCCCAUGAUGCUCCACGGCAUGGCGGCCGUGCAGCCGCACAUGUUCAGCGUGGGGGGGCUGGUGAGCCAACCGGCCGCCACCACCUCCUCCUCCUCCACCCCCCCCUCCUCCUCCUCCUCCGCCUCUUUGACCGUCGCCACGGCGACCAUCGCGGUGGCAACCUCCUCGCCCUCGUCCGCGGCCCCGCCCAGCCCCGCCCACAGGCUCGAGGCCCCGCCCGUCUGCUCCUCGGAGGUCAAAAUGGCCGACGCCCCGUCCCCCAGCAGCCAGAGCAGGAAGGACGUUAGUGGUAACGGCGGUAAGCCUCCCGCGGAGGGGAAGCCCGGCCACAGCGACCCGCCCGUUGUCACGGCGUCCGGUGCCGGAGGAGGCACCAACGGCGGGAGCCACCUGUCCUUCAACCCCUUCCUGAUCCCGGGAAUGUCGCACGGACUGCUGUACCCACACAUGUUCCUCCCGCACGGAGGCAUCAUGGCACUCCCCGGCAUGCCCCCCUCCGACGGCACCGGCAGCCCCAAGAGGAAGAGGAAGAGGCCUCGGGAGGAAGAGGUGGCAGAAGCACUCCCGGAAAGCACGGGCCCGGACCUCAGACCGGGCGAGACUGACGCCCCUCUGGAGGCGGGGCCAGGGACCGGAGGCGGGGCGGAGGACAGCACGGACCCCGCCCCUCAGGGACCCUUCCAGGAAACGGAGCCCGGGGGCACUGAAGAGGAGGAGCCGCAGAAGGGACACACCCCCGAGAAACUCGGCCAGGAGGAGGAGGAGGAGGAGGAAGAGGGAGGCAGAGCAGGGCAGGAAGUAGAACCACAAUAGACGACGACAGCCCUGCUCUGUGAACUGAGCUACAGAAUUACCAAGUUUGUGAUGUGCAAGUCAAUGAUGUUCAUGUAAGGACUUUUAUUAUCUACUUAUUAAUGUUUAUAGAUCUAUCUCCUGCCCAGUACCAAACUUGUGAUUAUUAUUAUUAUUAUUAUUAUCAUCAUCAUUGCUAUAAUUAUAAUUAUUAUGCACCUCCCCUUCCCAGUGAGGAGUAGAAAGAAACACGUAUGCAUAUAUGCAUGUGAACGCACACCCCCCUGCUGCAUCAUGGUGACACGUGUCCCUAGUGGAGCUGGGGCCUUUUCACCAGAGUGGGAUUUCGGAACAGCUCAAUUCGCACCUCCCUAAGUCCUGCUUCACUGUAGUAUGGCGCUCGCGCGCGCGCGCACACACACGUGCUGACGGCAUCGCUCGGCUCAGACAGCCACGUAGCACAGGUCUGACGGGCGGAAGUCCCCGCCGUUCUCCCCCCUCGAUGGUGUUAACAGGGUUUUGGAAUUCCUCUCGGACAUACCUACCUUUUCUUUUCUGUCCCUUCAAUUCCCAGCGCUCGGUUUCAAGGAACUCUCUUCGCCGAAACCCUCUUUAAAGUAUCGAGCAAAGCCAGUGUGUCCCCCUCCAACCCAGAAAGGUUAGCAGCGUAACGGCUGCUAUGAAAUGCUCUCUGUGAGCGCCUCUGUUCAUCCACGGUCGGUUUGUCAUUUUGCUGCUUUUAGGAUUUUUUUUUUUUUUUUUUUUUUUUUUUUUUUUUUUUUUUUUUUUUUUUUUUUCAGGGCAACUUGGUUAAAAAAUGUGUAAAUGCCAAGACACAACAAAAGUGGACAUCUUGAAAAUGCAUCAUGUUGUACAGUAUGGAUUGGUUUUGUCUUCAUACAACAACAAAAUAAAAUUGCUUAAAUAGCAAAUCGCAAUCUUAGGUUCACUUUCGGCUGUGUUUCGUAUGAAAAGCCUUGCGGCAUCGAUACGAAUGAGGCUCCUUUUGUCAAACGUUUAGGGGGUGACCGGUUGAGUCCUCCUGCUAGCCUACACCCAGGAUCCGCACGCUACGCUAGCACCAGAUAAGAGGCUACGCUAAGCGACAGCGCUACGCUAUGCUAGCACCGGAUAAGAGGCUACGCUAAGCGAGCUUCAACGGGGGAAGGAGGGAAUUGUCCGUCCCCACCUGUCGUUUUGGCGUUUGUGGUUCGCUCGGUGAGAGGAACGACCACAGAAGAGUGCCUCAUCUCUCAGAAAUCCUGGUCUCAUCCCCCCCCCCCCC